GCACAUUUAUUUAGCUAGUUGUUUUGAAUGAAUUCUGGCUGAUUCAUUGCCACGGGAGAUAAACUAGUUGGGAUUCGUUAAACAACUAAUACACUUUUCACAUCAGAAUCAUGGACCGGCUGUUGAGACUUGGAGGUGGCAUGCCUGGCCUAGGACAAGGUCCUCCUACAGACGCCCCUGCGGUGGACACAGCUGAACAGGUCUACAUCUCGUCCCUGGCCCUUCUUAAGAUGCUGAAACACGGUCGUGCUGGAGUGCCCAUGGAGGUCAUGGGUUUGAUGUUGGGGGAGUUUGUUGACGACUACACAGUGCGCGUCAUCGACGUGUUCGCCAUGCCACAGUCCGGAACGGGUGUGAGUGUGGAGGCUGUGGACCCAGUGUUUCAGGCCAAGAUGUUGGACAUGCUCAAACAGACCGGAAGGCCAGAGAUGGUGGUGGGCUGGUACCACAGUCACCCAGGGUUUGGCUGCUGGUUGUCCGGCGUGGAUAUCAAUACGCAGCAGAGCUUCGAGGCGCUGUCCGAGAGAGCCGUGGCCGUGGUGGUGGACCCCAUUCAGAGUGUCAAGGGCAAGGUUGUGAUCGAUGCCUUCAGACUGAUCAAUGCCAACAUGAUGGUGUUGGGUCAUGAGCCCCGGCAAACCACCUCUAACCUGGGCCAUCUCAACAAACCCUCUAUUCAGGCUUUGAUCCACGGCUUGAAUAGACAUUACUACUCCAUCACAAUCAAUUACCGCAAGAAUGAGCUGGAGCAAAAGAUGUUACUGAACCUGCAUAAGAAGAGUUGGAUGGAGGGUCUGACUCUAACAGACUACAGUGAGCACUGCAAACUCAACGAAACCAUCGUUAAGGAGAUGUUGGAGCUCGCCAAGAAUUACAACAAGGCGGUGGAGGAAGAGGACAAAAUGACCCCAGAGCAGCUUGCAAUUAAGAACGUUGGCAAACAGGAUCCCAAGAGGCAUUUGGAAGAGCACGUUGACGUGCUGAUGACGUCCAAUAUCGUGCAGUGCCUAGCCGCCAUGUUGGAUACCGUGGUCUUCCAGUGAAUACUUCAUACAUCUGCCUGCUUGUCAUUAUUGUCAUAUUCCAAUUCUUUUUUUUUUUUGUCUUUUUAAAAAAUAAACUUAUAUAAAAGAGGGAAAAGCUUG